GUAGGAUUAAGUGGAAAAUCGGAAAACAAACAAAGUAAUUAUGAUAAGGAAGAAAGAAAAUCCAUAUAUAGAAGCCCACAGAGCUGAAUAUAAAUUUCUAAAUGAUCUCGUCAAUAAUGGACAAGUGCGCUACAUCCUCUUCUUCCACUACAGAUAAAAAUUGUUUUUUGAAAGUUAGAAUAAGAAGAUCCAAAGCUAACGCACGUGAGAGAAAUCGAAUGCAUGGACUUAACGCGGCUUUAGAUCGUCUUAGAAGUCGGAUGCCUAUACAACAACCAGGCGUGGAUUUCCACAAUACAUCUCAAAAACUGUCCAAAAUAGAAACAUUACGUUUGGCCAGAAAUUAUAUAAUCGCUAUGUCGCAAACGCUUCAAGAAGGAAAACCAAUGGAACUUACGAGAUUUAUCAAGAUUCUAUGCCGAGAAUUGAGUCAGACGACUGCAAAUUUAUUAACAGGAACAUUGAUGGGAUAUGGAGGAACCUUCAUGAACAAUUUUAAGAAUUACUGGAACAAACAACAAUACGCUAGUCAUUAUUCGUCGAAUUUUUACGAUCGUAAUGAACCGUUUGGACAGGAUUCCAGUUCCGAUAGUUGGAGUAACUCAUGGUACCAUAACCCCAUUAGCACCAACUGUGAUUACAAUACAGAAGUGUAUGAAAACUUUAAAUAUUGUGAUGUUUACCGUGAUAAUUCAACAUAUUGCAGCAAAAAUUUUUUUAAUUACAGAAGCAGCAAUGAAAAAUUUUGAAAGUUCUCUUACUUAGUUCUUAAAUGUCUUUGUUACAGAACAAAACAUUCCGUCUUGUUUUACUGUAUCACUUCAAAUUUUAAGUUCUAUAUUAUUUCCGUCAUACAAUUUGUUCUGUUAGAUGCAUAUUGGUGUUUUUU